AUGUCGUCCGUCGCGGGACCCUCAACAUCCACGCUAAAUGGUGCUGCGCCAUCGUCCGACGAUGACGUCCUCAUGGUCGAUUCCAACGGCGAUGCCAUCGCACCCGACUCUGCCGCAGCAGCCGAUGGUGACGAUGCAGCUUCCGACGAACCCGAAGACGAGUACGAGAUCGAAUACAUCGUCUCGCACUCGCAGGAGACCACCACCGCGGGCCAGCUUUCGUACUUUGUCAAGUGGAAGGGGUAUCCUGAUAGCGAAAAUAGCUGGGUGUACGAGUCGGAUAUGGGAGGAGCGCAGGAGAUGAUCCAGGAGUACUGGGCUAAAGUUCCGGGUAAGAAGGUCAAAAAGAUGGGUUCGAAGGGGAAGAAGGGUGGGGGUGGGAAGAGACAGUCGAGUGUUUCGCUUUCGAGUCCUGCGGCUAAGAGCGGUGCGGGUGCGCUGUCGGGUGGUGCGGGCAAGAGGACCUCGAGACGGGAAUCCACGCUCACGCUGGGGGAGACAUCGUCUCGAAGCACGAAACGCAAGAACCCGGACCUCGCCGCCUCCCGCUCACCCACCCCGGACGACGCCCUCAUCGACACGGAAAACGACCCCGCGCUCCUCCGCAUCCGCUCCGACCCCACCCUCUCGGACGAGCAACGCACGCUCCUCGAAGCCCAGCACCUCCACGCGAUCCAGCUCGACCGUCUGCGCAAGCGCUACGCGCGCAUCCCCGAUUGGGAUCCCAUCGUCAAGCGCGUAGAAGCCGUCGAGAAGAUGCCCAACAACAAGAUCCGCGUCUUCGUACUCUUUGAGAGCGGAGACCGGCUGGCGUUCGAGAGCGUGGUUGCGCACCAUCGAUGUCCGUUGAAGCUGCUGCAGUUUUACGAGGAGAAUCUGCGGUUCAAGGUGAGGGAUGAGGAGAAAGCGGUGGGCGAGAGAGGGCCACUGAGGGGGGAGGAGGAGAUGAGGGAGUUGCAGGAGUUCAAUGCCGCGCAGGUGGAGGGAGAGGGAGAGGAUGCGGGCGCGAACGGGGUCGAGACGCAAGACUCGCUGGCUAAUGGCGUCGAACCGGAGGAGAGCACAGUCGAUACCGAGCAGCAAGAGGUCGAUGCCGCUCCCGUCGAACCACUCAGCGCGGAGGCUGUCGCGACGUCCACAGCAGUGGCAGACGAAAACGGCGUCGUCGAAGAGCAGACCGAGGUCGUUGAGUCGUAG